AUGCGAUUUCAACAACUAUGGGCCGGCGUUGCCUUUGCGAGUGCGACCGCCGCGCAGUUCAUCUUCCCCGACUCGUCGAGCAGUGUGACAGUCAACAAGGCGAUUCAGAUCCAGUGGAACAAGUCUGGCCUACAAGCACCUAUAUCCAUUAACCUCGUCCCAGCCGGAACGACGAUUCGACAAGACAUUGUCCUAAAGCAGGUUGCAGGUAACGUUGCUCCGUCGCUUUUCUCUCCUCUCCAUCGAGCUAGUCCGCUGACGUUUUCUUCUUUUCCAGUCAACAUUGGAAACGUCGGAAUCUUGCAAUGGACCGCCGACGAGACCAUCUCCGCCUUCCCCAAGUUCGCCAUGGUCAUCACCGACGCCAGCUCGCAGGUCAUCGUCUCGCAGCCGUUCCCGAUCGGGUCGCUGACGAGGCAACCGACGCAGCAGAUUGACUUGGGUGACGGGAACGCCGGCAAGAAGAGCGGCGGCAACAAGCAGAGCGGAAACGACGCGCAAAAGCAAAACAACGGCGGCGAUAACAAGAACAAUAAAGAUGAUAGCAAGAACGCCAACAAGGACGCCAACAAGGAUGCCAGCAAGGGCAACAAGAGCCAGGACAGCAAGGGCAAGGAUCAAACAGACAAGGCGGCGGACAAGGGCCAGAGCAAAGACGAUGCCAAGAACACCACCACCUUACUUCCUCUCCCCGGACUGCCGACCGACAAUGCCGCGCCGGUGUCCUUGAAGCCCCUCCCUAAUGCGGCUGUUGCCGCCUCGCCGCCGACGGCCAGCCCUACAAGUCCCAGUUCUGCCGCCCCGGCCGAGGGACAAAAGGCAACCGAGACCCCGAAUGCUCCCGCGGCUCCCGCGGCUCCCGCACCUGCAGCCCCCGCAGCUCCGGAGGCGGCACCGGCAGCACCGCCCGCCCCAGAGGCUACACCGCCCGCCCCAGCCCCUGCACCGGCAGCUCCAGAAGCGGCCCCUGCGGCCCCAGCCGCACCAAAGCCUGAGCCAGCAGCCCCGGCGGCUGCUCCCACAUCGACUUCCUCCAUCUCCGAGGUCGCCAAGGAAUCAGCAACGGCAGCACCCGCAGCCGCCGAUCCGGCGCCCCAAGGCUUCGUCACCCUGAGCCCCGCGGCGACCUCCACUUCCGGAGCCAAGGCCGCCGUCGCCGCCAGCCCUGCCGGCCUCCAGAACCAGGCCGAAGCCGUCGUCGCCGGCGGCUCGUUCCGCGAGCAAAGCGGCAACGGCGACGCCUCCUCUUCGCCCGCUACCCUGCUGCCGCUCCCGUCGUCGCGGGCGGGCGAGGAUCCGUCCACGCUGCUGCCGCUGCCCAAUGACAAGACGACCAUCACGACGGCGAUCACGCCGCGGCCGCCGAGCGAGGUGUCCAGCGAGUCGGCGGCUGCGGCGGCGUCGGAGACGGCGGCUGCGAAGCAGUCGGCGGCUGGGGGGAGCGAGCCGACGGCGCUGGCGGAGAAGAAUGCUGGAGCCGAGCAGAGACGACGUCCCAGUCUGGUACUGGGUCUGCUUGGUGUGGCAGCUGGCUGGGCCGUGCUGUAG